AUGCUUGGACGUAGAGCCAUCGGCGCCAUCAUCGGAAUUAUUUCAGGUUGCUGUCUAUUCCUUUUGCUGAUUGCCUGUUGUAUAGUCUAUUAUCGUCGUUAUUUAACAAGAAAAGGACAUAGCUACACUCCUACCGCUACUGUUGAAGUAGACAGCCGUCGGAUCAAUGAACAAACUAGCACUGAACAGCCGCAUAGUCGGAAUCAAGCGACGAAUUGUGCCACUUCGGAUUCUCCACCUUCCUAUUCCGAAGCUGUAAAGGGUUUACGCGAUGUAUAA